UUUCUGAAAUGAUGUAAGAAUUAAGCAACUUUGUUGACUUACGUUCCUCCUUGCAAUGAGUGAGUGCAUCUCGUGCUGGGGUCUGCAUCUCGGGUGGCAGAAUGAAGGGCACCUGAGCAAAGGCCUUGGGUAUACUAAAUUCACCCUUUUUAGUUAAAACGCCAGCCAGUUGUGCAACGCACUUUGUAUAACACUGAGUGAAAUGAAUAAGUCGAGGCGGUGACCAACUGAGUGAGUGGUUAAUCAAACUCACCAGUAAGUCCUGUGUGGGCUCCAAGUCGAAAUCGCCAAUACGUAUGCGAUCCAGGAUCUCCAGUGGCACCUUAUGUUUAGCGAUGCAACCGUUGCGCAUCAUAUCCAUCGAUUGGGUAAAUUGUUGCAUUGUGACGCCGCCGCAAAAUCCUGGGAACAGCAUCAGCAAGCCGAGCAACAGCAGUUGCCAGAAACUGCUCCUGGACGAGAGAUCGCAGACCGACCGUAGACUCAUGAUGUAUGUAGUGCAAUGCGUUGGAUGUGGGCUGCAUGGUGCCCUUUAUAACCUUGGUUUCGCCAUACCAGAUUUUAAGAACGGCAAAGUUGUGAAUCGCGCCCGGGGCUUUGUGGUGCGCAUCUUCGAUGCCAUCUGCAAUUGUGCCAACAACAAUGCGGCCGCAGCAACAACACGCUUUAAGCUGCGCAACAACGGAGGCAGUGCAUCGACAGCUGGCGGCAAGCGGCAACAGUCGCAGGAUGAGCCCGAGACGCUUGUCCUCAGUAAGAAGAAGCCAUCGGCGGAUGGCAAGAAGAAGGGCAAAGGUGUCACCAUGGCCGACGAUGUGGAGGCGGGUGUUCGACUGGUCGACUAAAGAAUUCAAUUCAUCAAAAGCAAAUGUCUAUCUUAAGUCCAAGGAAUAUAAUCAAAAUAUGCUAAAUUUUUGUUCACCGAAAGAGCGGAUACAAAAAUGAAAGUCCACAUUAAAGACAACUGUGCUUAAAUGACCAUUAGUUCUAGGCCUAUGAUUAAAAAUUGAGAAAUUACAAAUGCAAAGAAAAAAAUAGAUGAAGCAGGAAAGAGUAAUCUUCAGUAAUUUCAGUGCUGCCAACUUCAAAUAUCUAAUAGAAUUGAUUUCCUUCUUUGUUUUUGAGCACAACCAACGCUAAAAAUUAGUUGAAAACCCGCUUUUCAUUCAACAGAUUGUAUUAAUAAUAAUAUAUUUGACAGAUGGGAUGGUUAUUGAUAUUCAUAAACAAUUUUUCUGCGAACUUGAAAUAGGAUACCUUUAUUUUGCUCAGAUCAUACUCAGCACAAAUUUUAGUCUUCCCGUUGUUAGGAAAGUUCCACAAAAGAGCUUUAAAUGGCACACAGUCCUCAAUUGGAUUAAAACUCUUGUAUAUCUAAAUUUACCUGUAUUUCAGCAUUACUUUUUCAACUUAUUAAACUAAAUGUGAUCCAACAAAAAAUGAAAGAAAAUAUGCAAAAUUAAAUGUCGUUUCGACGGAACUCGUAAAGCACAAACCGUUUUUUAGGUUAGAAACUAUUAAGAACACGCAACAUAAAAUUGAACUAUUUAAAAGUAAAUAAAGAUCUCAUUUCACAUACAUGCAACACAACAAUCAAUGAAAUAAAUCAAAUUAAAAUCACAUACAUACUAUAUAUUUAUGUGAAUAGAGCCCAAUCACAAUAACAGGCCUCUCAAAUUCCACCUAUUGAUAACUUUACAAUAUACAAUAUACAUAUAACAUAUACCCUAACAUAUUGAUGUGUAUAUGCAACUAUUUAGCUAUGUGUGUGUAGUAGUGAAUGUUUUGUGAAAACCCGCGGUUCAAUACUUAUAUACAAGCAUAUAAAUGUGUACUGAUUUUAUAUACAUACAUUGUACUUAUAUACUUAGAUAAAUUUAGUUAUUUACACCGCAAUACCGUACAACUUUCUAUGCCGCAUCGGUUUCCAUACGACACGCUCUAUUUAUAUUUUUGUGAGACCCUUUUUGGAGACUAAUUGUAAAACUUUCUACAUACCUACAUACUCAAAAUCAAAAUACAAAAAGAAAAGGAAAUGAAAAAUCAUAUAAUAAACAGCUAACUGUCUUAAUAAAUAGAUUUUUUGAUAUAAGAGUUGUAAAACUAAACCUGCAGACAUUUAUUUUGUAAUGCCCAAAAGAUUAUACGUUUUUAAUAUGUAUAUGUUUGCUUGACGAUAUGUGUAAUAUGAAAUAAAAGAUACUGUUGUAUUCAGUUAACAAAUUUCAGCAAUAAAUUGUAACAAUGUUUCAAAAGUG